AUGAUGUCUGUCGCGUCGGCAGCGUCUGCGUUCACACUUGUCGAGCGCAGCGCUCACAGCCCAGUAUCCGUGAUCUCCGCGGAAGACGUAGCAAGAAUGGAAAAGAACGCGUACGCCAGGGAGUUCUACUGGUUUGUCUCCCUCCGCAAGCCUGUUGCAUGUGUACAGUUGAAAGUCGAUGGCCACUCCGCCAUCCGUCGAUGCGGUGCUACUUUGCGAGUCCAGUAUUUCUCGGAGAAGUCCAGCUCGUCACGGUCAGCGGGCGGCGUCCCGGGCAUAAUGCGCCUUCGUUCACUGCCCUCGGUACCGCUGGUUGUGCUUGACGUUCGCCUCCAGGUGUAUUUCUAUCGGAUGCAAUGUAUGAUCAGCGAGACCUGCCACCCACUAGUGAUCCACGCCGAAGCCGGAUGUGUGGUCCGCUCCAUUAUAUCGUGUAGCGAACCAUGGGUCGCGCGGCGAUGUAUCUCGGAAUGGGCGCAGAGGCUGUUCUUCAGUGCAAUCGCUCGCCUUGAUUAUUCGCGCACUGUUGCUGUAAUCGUGCACGAUAUUAUGGCUGACCUCUUCUGGGCCUCAUGGGAUAAGAAUUGGUAUUUCGAAGAAAAGCUCCUUGACCUUGCGAUGGCUGCGUUCAUCAUCAGUUGGCGUAGUACCGACCUCCAUGUUUUCGGCUCGGGAACUGGCCUGGAUGCUCUCACUGACUUCCUGGAGAACAUGAGGUCGCAGCUGUUGAGCAUAACCUCAUUCGUCGGCGACCUUUUCGCGCUCGGCAUUCUGCCGCCUUCAGACAUGUGUUUGCUCAUAUCAGUACUCAUUGACGUGCCAUGGUCCCUGAUACAUUACCGCGGUCUCCAUCUCCUUCUCCUGCGUGCGUCCUUGCACGUCGGUGAGUGCGUCCCGCGGGAGUUCCUGGAGCAAAUCCGAGCCACCAUCGUUUGGAAGGCGAAGCACGAUAUAAUGUCCGUGCGGAACGAUAUGGCUCAGCGGUGGGUUCUCGAGAUUUGCAACGUCAUUGAUACAACACUCUCGCAAGACGGGGUGCGUGCCAUUAUGAUCUCUAAAGGCACUCAGGCAUGCCAUCGCUGGGCCGAGCACCUCUCGCAUGCGGAACUAGCACGCCUCCUGCGAGGUAUACCUGUUCACGAUGGCGGGCUUUUUGGGGCGUUGAUGGUCUGA